AUGAACGCCUACAAUGUGCAGAUGCGCGAUGAGUUGUUCUUCACAUUGGAGGCGGUGCGCGACGACCCGGAUGUGCGUGUGGCGGUGAUUAGCGGGGCGGGCGAGCGGGCGUUCUGCGCCGGCGCGGACCUGACGGAGUUCGGCACUGCACCUUCGCAGGUCAUCGCGCGGCAGGUACGCUGGGAACGAGACAUCUGGGGCCUGUUCCUCGCGCUACGGAAGCCUCUCAUUGCGGCGAUGCGCGGCUAUGUAAUCGGCUCCGGGGUGGAGAUUGCCUGCCUCUGCGAUAUCAGGAUUGCCGCCGAUGACGCGCAGUUCGCCUUGCCGGAGGUUGCGCUUGGCAUGAUACCCGCCGCGGGCGGAACACAGACUCUGCGCCGCGUCGUUGGCGCGAGCAGGGCGCUUGAAAUGGUGCUGUCCAACAGGCGCAUCGGAGCGGAGGAGGCGAGGCGCAUAGGACUGGCGCAUAAUGUUGUGCCAGCCGAUGCUCUGAUGAAUGAGGCGGAUGAGGCCGCUCACCGUCUUGCCGCUCUUAAUCCCACUGCGCUCGCGCUCGCCAAGCGUGCCAUCCUUGAGGGCAUGGACAUGCCGCUUGCAGCCGGACUGGAACUAGAGCGCCGUCUCGUGGGUCAGAUCCAGGCUGUUGGUGCUUAA